AUGGCCCGAUUGUCAGGUCUUCAACGAGAUGUCUUAUCUCUUUAUCGGAAAUGCCUACGGGAAAUCCGGAAAAAGCCUGUGGAGUCACGGGAUAACUUCAAAGCAUAUACUAGGGCGGAAUUCCAGAAGAAUAUCUUCAUCGGCAAAAAAGACUUCACCGCGAUCGAGUACUUUUUGCGCAAAGGCCAAAGACAACUCGAGAUGUAUUCGUCUCCAGGAAUUCGCAAUAUCCGAUAA